AUGGAAUCCCCCGCAGUACCGGUCCCGCUGGAUCCGCGAGAGCAACCCAUCCUCGAACGGCUUCUCCGAACCCGGGACGCCCUUUUGCUCCUGAAACAAGACAAGUCCUCAUACAUCAAAUCUCGCGAUGUCCUUCCGCUGUAUGAGGAAGUGACCCAGGAGGUGGAAAAACUCAAUGCUGCCCGCAAAGAACAAGACCGCCGCUUGAUUCAUAAUCGAUUGGACUAUGUUUUGGAUGACUGCUUUCAGUUGAUUUCGCUGCUUUUCUUGACGGUUGGUAGGAAUAACGAGGCACCGGCAGUCUACUCACUGGCAACUACAAUCCAGCGACUGCUCGACCACCUUGAAGAGGCCGGUUUCUACAGCUCCAAGGACUUGAAUUCCAUUACGAAGACCCUCGAUUCUACCCGAGAAACCCUUGAGCGCGGUCGCAACACUUAUUCGCCUGCGCUUUUGACCCUCUUGGAAAGCCGAUUGGAACAAUGCCAGAUUUCGCUCGACAAGCUCCAGAAAGGACUUGCAGUCUUGGAUCCGGCUCUUGUUCAGACACAUGAAACUCUGGUCUCUAUUCUGCGGUCUACAUCUGCGGUCAACACCCGCUCAAAGUUUUCCUCUACAGAAGUCAAUAAUCUCCGCGAACAACUGAAGAAGAUCGAGGGUUCAAUGAAAGACGGUAACUUUGUGGAUGCCGAUGGAAAUGUUCUCGCCGGUCAGGAUGAUCUGAAGUCUCUGAUGUACCGGUGCUGGCGGUGGACUGAGAUUGUCCUUGAGCGCCAAGGCAAGAUCCACGAGCGAUUCCAGGAGCAAUAUGAUCGGCUACUUGAGAUCCGUAACCAACUUGACAGACUUUCCGUAACACAGGCUUGGUCCCUGCGCGAAACAGAUCUUUUCGGAUAUCAGCGAAAACUCGAUCGGAUUGACGAGGCCCGGGUUAAUGGCAACUUUGUUGAUGCCGAGGGUCAGACUGCCGAUCUCCAUGCUCAAAGGACACUGCUUUAUUUGAUUCGACGCAGCUACGCAUACAUCUACGCUCUUCUGAUUUCCUCCGAGCCCGUCUCUGAGGCGUUGCUACCCGUCUACAACCAGCUGCAGACACUCCGACGGUGUCUGAUCGAGGUUAAGGAGUCUGGCGGCGUGUCGAACUCGCGCGAACUCUAUCCUUACAGCAUGAAGCUCAACUCCAUCGAUAACAUGCGGGUUGACGGAAAGUUCUACGUUGGUCCCGAUAUCCCCGAAGGACAGGGAAGCGUCAAUGCCCUCCUUGCCGAAUGCUACGACCUGGUCUGGGAGCUCCGAGCGGCCGUGACCGAUGAGAAUGUGCAAACUUAG